CGUUCCUUAGUUGGUAUUAAAAAAUAGUUGUUUCGUGAGAGGUGGGCAGCUACAAGUGGAUGACAAACAAAUUUCCAGAAAAUGGGAUAAUAAGAGAGACGACGCCACUUUCUCGGAAAAAAAAAAAUUCAAAGUUUUCUCAUUCUGGGUUUUCGCCAAAGGAGCAUCCUUUAUGUUCUUUUGAAGAAGGCUCACGAAAAUCUCUUUCUCUAAUUUCUCUCCCCUGUCCCGGGGAGUUUUAUAAUUAUCCUUUUUUUUUGUUUAAGGUUAAAAGAGAUUCUUUUUAUCUCAAUUUUGGCUUCCGGGUUUUCUGUUUAAUUCUUAUCUCGAGGGAAGAAGAAGAAGAAGAAGAAGAAGAAGAUGAUGAUAAAGUUGUGGAUGGUGACUUCUCUUCAACUCGCGGAGCUCUUUGUGAGCUCCGUGGUGCAUUUGCUUUAUGGGUUUUAUAUAUUCAGCUCCGCCGUAGCCGGAGAUAUCUCCCAGAAAUUGAGUGAUUACUUGUUCAAGUCCAAUGUCGUUAUCAACGACGCCGGAGAAUUCGAUCAAAAUCAAAGCAAUGUUGAGGGUCUGCCUCCGAUUGUAUUGGUUCAUGGGAUCUUUGGAUUUGGCAAAGGGAGACUAGGAGGCUUAUCCUACUUUGGUGGUGCUGAGAAGAAAGAUGAGAGGGUUCUUGUUCCUGAUUUGGGAUCCUUGACAAGCAUCUACGAUAGGGCAAGGGAAUUGUUCUAUUACUUGAAAGGAGGGAGAGUUGAUUUCGGGGAAGAGCAUAGUGAGGCUUGUGGACAUUCUCGGUUUGGAAGAGAAUAUGGGAAAGGGGAAUACCCUGAAUGGGAUGAAGAUCAUCCUAUUCAUUUCGUUGGGCAUUCAGCUGGUGCGCAAGUUGUGCGCGUGUUGCAGCAAAUGCUUGCGGAUAAGGCAUUUGAAGGGUUUGAAGAAACGAAUGAGAAUUGGGUUCUGAGUGUGACAUCGUUGUCCGGAGCAUUCAAUGGUACUACGAGGACCUACUUAGAUGGCAUGCGGACAGACGAUGGGAUAAGCAUGAAACCGAUAUGUCUGUUGCAGCUAUGUCGUAUAGGCGUGAUAAUGUACGACUGGCUGGACAUUUCAUGGCUAAAGACUUACUACAAUUUCGGCUUCGAUCACUUCAACAUUUCUUGGAAGAAAACGGGCGUGAGAGGUCUCGUGGAUUGCCUUAUGGGAAACACAGGUCCAUUUGCUACCGGGGACUGGAUCUUACCGGAUCUCACGAUCCAGGGCUCGACGAGUCUCAACUCAAAUCUCCAGACAUUCCCAAGCACUUACUACUUCAGCUACGCGACCAGACGCACACGCAGGAUCAUGGGCAUGACAAUCCCUUCAGGUGUUCUUGGAAUCCACCCGAUGCUCUUCCUCCGCGUCUUUCAGAUGAGCCAGUGGCGAUUCCCGCAAGAUGUAUCUCCUCCUUACAAAGGAUACAGGGAUGAGGAGUGGCAAGAGAACGAUGGGGCAUUGAACACAGUGUCAAUGACGCAUCCGAGGCUACCCGUGGAGCAUCCAAGCCGGUUCAUAAGGAGCGAUUCGGAGUGCCAAACGCUGCAACCAGGGAUCUGGUAUUAUAAGAUAGUGGAAGCAGAUCACAUAACGUUCAUAGUGAAUAGAGAGAGAGCAGGAGUUCAGUUUGAUCUUAUAUACGACAGUAUCUUCCAACGUUGUAGGAAACAUGUUUUCAGGAAGAUCCCUCAGACUCUCCCUAAUCAAUCUCCUCGUUCUCCUCGUUCUCCUCAUUGACAACCCCAAUAAAAGCCAGCUUUGUACAUUGAUCUCUUUUUUUUGUCAAAUGUUUAGGGUUUUGGGACCUUGGGCUUAAUUCUUUUAGGCAAUUCAUAUGAUUCAUUGUUCUUCUUAUUUUCUCUUUCGAUUUGUUGUACUUGUACUCUAGUAUGUAAUACACACCUUUCAUUUUCAAAAUCUAUAAAUAUAAUAUUUGUUAUUAUGUCA